UUGGGAAACCUGGCAACCCUGCAGCACUGCUCACAUGAUCUGAAGCUAACGUUAGCAGAACAGCACAAAUAUCACUUCUUUAUUCCUCUUCUGGGAUUAUAGUUUAAAACAUGUCGACGUUUACAGCGAGUUUGAUCUUUUCUGUGCUAUUUCUUGUGUUUGGUGCUGCGCUUGGACUCCUGGGAAAUGGAGAUAAAUUCCGACGAAAGGUGUCUGUAGAGUUUAAUCCCGGUCUGACUCCUCCGUGGGUUCUUCCUCCUGGAGUGAAUCUGGUUCAUGUGCGAGGUCUGGGGCUCAAUGACACACUUCACUUCCUGCUGUGUAAUCAUGGAGCUCCAGCGCUGUUAAUGGUUCACACGAACAGCACACAGUCAUCAGUGCAGGUGGACUGGCCCUCCUUCAUCAACCGUAGUUCACCCAGCAGCCUGAAGGUGGAGCCGCAGACCAGUGUGCGGUACAGCAGAGCACUAGUGUUCACCAGAGUUUGGGAGUAUGAUGAUGUCAAUAACACCGCAGACCCCCAGCAGACCGCCGAGUCCAGCUUUUACCCUCCAUACGAGCUCCAGAACUUCAUCUGGUCAGACCUGAAUAAAACGGACAAUCAGUCGAAUCUCACAUUACAGCUUUGCGGCGGAGAGAAAACGGAGAGCUUCGUCAACGGCUCCCUCUGUCUGCAGUUCUCAGCGUUUGAGUCAGUGGGUCGUGAUCAAGCCUGGCCGAGUCUCCAUCAUAACGCUAACUCCUCGCAGCUUCACGUGUGGCUGAACGGCGUGACGCCGCGAGGAAACCACUCCAGAUUCGCUCUAGAGUUUCAGUCUGUAGGCGACUUUGGAUUCGAGGGACGAGUGGAUGUUUACAGCUCCAUAGACGAUGAGUACACACCCUCCAUCUUCAAGGUGUCUCAGUGGGUGUCAUCUCCGGUGAACAGCACUGGUGUUUGGGGUUAUAAUCAGUGGAAACCCGUGGCGUAUCGUAAAGCCGAGCCGGUGUUUGAGGACGCCACCCCGUGCAAACACUCCCAGCUCGUGUCCAUGACCCACAUCCCUCAGUCCCGUCUGGUUCAGGCAUAUUUCACAGAGGAUCCUCAGACGUACGGCCUGAACAUCAGCUUCGGCAUCGAUAAAGACCCAGCGUUUUACAGCGACACCAAAUACAUCAGCUGGACUGUUUUAGUGGGCCUGGGCGAUCCUCCAGCAGAUUCGUUCUCCACGUUAAUCAUUAUCAUCAUAACCGUUGGACUUGGCACUCCUCUGGUCAUCAUUAUCGUGGGUGGAGUGUUUGUUUGGCUCCGCAAGAGGAAGUCACACUCUUCAGGCUACGAGCCAAUCAACUGAGACCUUAUGGUACAAGCCCCGCCCCCAAUGCACACACCUGGUUCCUGACUGGACCAUUAGAAACACGUUACUGACCAUUAAACACUGCUGACCAAUUACACAGACAAACUCUCUCCAGAUGGGUUUGGAUUUAAAAGUGUUACAUUGAUAUUUUUUACAGCUUUAUACUUAAACCUCAAUGGCCAGUCGAUCCAAAUCAAACCUAAAAGUGCAAAGGAGUUACUAUUUGAUUGUUUUUACGCCAUCAUUUUUCAUACUUGUGCCAAAAUCCUUCUUGUAAAAUUGCACAUUUGCAAUUGCACACAAAAAAAUGCACAUUUUAAAGAUUUAAAGCGUUAUUUUCUCUUUAAUCCUGAUGCAAAUGCUUUCAUAUUUAAUCAAAACUGCACUGCUGGAGGUUCUCAGGGAUUCUCACUAUGUUUGCUUUUGAUGUUUUUAACAUAACUGUGGAUCAUGCGAUAAAGACGAGUUGUAAGCGUUGGUUUGCACCAGGAAAUCUUUCCUUUUGUUGUUGCCUUCAGUGAUUUAUA